UCUCUCCAUAUGCAUACACGCAUAUAAAGUACAUAGCACGUUCACACAAACCAUCUCAAACAUUCUUUUCUCUGCUUUUUAAAACAAGUUGCUAGAAAAGAGUUGAUUUUUCAGUUCUGAGGUUGCACUUCUUCAGCCUCCACUUUCCCUUCAUCCAUGGAUAAUACUCCGGAGUGGCCACAGGAGAUAGUGGUAAAAUCAAUGGAAGAGAUAGUCCCAAAUACAUCAUUAGAGAGGAGGGCUGCUAAGGCUAGAAAUGAACAAGCCUUGAACUGUCCAAGGUGCAAUUCAACCAACACCAAGUUCUGUUACUACAAUAACUACAGUCUCUCACAGCCAAGACACUUCUGCAAGGCUUGUAAAAGGUAUUGGACUGCAGGUGGUUCACUUAGAAACAUCCCUGUUGGUGGGUGUUCAAGGAAGAACAAGAGAUCAUCAUCAUCGACAUCAUCAUCAAGAUCAUCUUCAUCAUCAAAGAAUAAGCUUCCUGAUCUGGUACAAGUACUACCCCCACAAAUCAGUUGUUUACAAUCUUCUUCUUCUGCUGAUCAUCAAAAUCCUAAGAUCCAUGAAACCCAAGAUCUCAACUUAUCUUUCCAACCCACUCAUGAUUUCAAAACUCUUUCUGAACUUAUACAAGUGCCCAACUUUGACACCAACAAGAACUACGUGAUGCCUCCUUCUCAUCAUCAUCAACCUUCAGCUAUGGAGCUUUUGACUGGGAUCAGUAGUACUUCAAGGGGAUUGCAAUUGAAUCCUUACAUGCCGAUGCCGAUUACGGAUCCAAACAUGAUUUACUCAUCAUCUGGAUUUUCUCUUCAGGAAUUCAAACCAACCCUAAAUUUUUCUCUGGAUGGACUUGGAAAUGGUACUGGUUAUGGGGGUACCCUCCAAGGGGUGCAAGAGAGUACUAGUGGGAGGCAUUUGUUUCCAUUUAAAGAUCAUUUGAAACAGGUCUCUACCACAAGCACUACUAAUACUGGUGGUGGUGAGCAUAAUAGAGAUCAGCAAAGAGAGAAUUCAAAUGGGUAUUGGAAUGGAAUGUUAGGUGGUGGAUCAUGGAUAUAAAGAAGAUGAUAUGAACAACAUGCAUGAGUACUCAUUUUUCAUGGCUAGUGAGUGUCACUUGGUAGGUGACUUGUUUGGAUUUGAUUUUCAAUAUUACUAACAUGCAGAUAGAAGGGUACAUGGCUUCUUUAUCUCAUUUGCCUUUUUACUUGGAAUCAUAUUUUCUUUGUUGUAGUGAUUUUGAAGCUUAUUUUAGGUUUUGCUUCAGUAAAUUAAGGUGACUUGGGAUAGUUUGUAAUGAUAGAAGAAAUGGUAUACUAAGCAAAAAAAAUUUGAGGCCCAGAUUUUUGAAGGGCAUCUACAUGCAGGCCAGAGGGCUUAAUUUCCACCAUUAUUCCCUUACAUAUAUGUAUCAUACUCUCUCUUCUAUCACAUCUGGAAAAGCAGAAGGUUAACCCACUAUUAUAUAUAUGUCAUUGAUUGCGUGGGUACAGAAAAUAAUGUAUAAUGUACAAGAUUGUAAGGAUAUAUUAUUGUUACUUUCUUUCAGUUCAGCAAACAUAUAUGUAUGGUAUUAUUGUUAAUUUUCUUAAAAUCAAA